AUCUACCACUGAAGCAGAAAGGAGUCUGGGAGCAGCAGCCUUGGUGGCUGGUUCAGGAUGCUUUGCUCCGAGCCUGCCUGCCCGGCGGUUCUCUACCUCAGGGGCAUUUUUACAAAAAGCCCCCUCCCGUCACCUCCCCUUGGAUAUUAGGGGUAACGACCGCUUGUCGUUGGUCUCUAACCCUAGUCUCUGGGCUUGCCCUUUGCCUCCUGCAGAACCUUAAAAAGCUGGGUGGAGUGAGGCUAUCAGCACAGCCUUCCUUGGGGACUCUGAAGGUGUCCCCACGAAGGCCAGAAAAGGGGAAGGGGACCUGGGCGAGGAGAGGAUUUGUGGUGCUUGGAAGAGCCGGCCUUGGGCGGGCCCUCCACCGCCUCUACCCUCACUGGGUGGGACUGCAGCGGAGAGUCCGCGGGAGGUGGCUUGGGUGUGCGACGUCACGGAAGAAUAAAGACGUUUACUACUGGAGCUCCCUUACUUUUCUAAUUCGAGUCUGAAGGAAGGUUAGGGAAAUUCCCAGAGCGAUUUUCCCGCAAAGACCCCACAUUCGACCCACUCCCUGAGAGAGAAAUGCGGCUGCGCCGCCCGCCCCUCGGCGUCUAGCUACGUCCCCGCCGUGGGGGCGGGACUUCCUCUCCUUGGCUCUCCGUUUCCGACGCCCUCCGGAAGUCGAGUUAGUCUAGUUAGUACAGGCCCGUCAGCUCCUCUUGCGCGACGCGGUCCCAGCUGUUGCGCCUGAGGCGAGUGACGCCGGCCGCCGACGAGGUAUACGUACUGGGUCCCUCGCCCUCAAGUUUCGUCUCCGGCACGGCUGCCCGCCCCGUUUUCCCUGUGAGUUGACUUGCUCCGGGCUGCGGACCGCCCAUGGCAGGGGCCGCUCCGACCACGGCCUUUGGGCAGGCGGUGAUCGGCCCGCCGGGCUCAGGGAAGACCACGUACUGCCUGGGCAUGAGUGAGUUCCUGCGCGCGGUGGGCCGGCGCGUGGCCGUGGUGAACCUGGACCCGGCCAACGAGGGGCUGCCGUACGAGUGUGCCGUGGACGUGGGCGAGCUGGUGGGGCUGGGCGACGUGAUGGACGCGCUGCGCCUGGGGCCCAACGGCGGCCUGCUCUACUGCAUGGAGUACCUGGAAGCCAACCUGGACUGGCUGCGUGCCAAGCUCGACCCCCUCCGCGGCCACUACUUCCUCUUCGACUGCCCAGGCCAGGUGGAGCUCUGCACGCAUCACGGCGCCCUGCGCAGCAUCUUCUCCCAAAUGGCGCAGUGGGACCUCAGGCUGACUGCCGUCCACCUCGUGGAUUCUCACUACUGCACAGACCCUGCCAAGUUCAUUUCAGUACUGUGUACCUCCCUGGCCACCAUGCUGCACGUGGAACUGCCCCACAUCAACCUCCUUUCCAAGAUGGACCUCAUUGAGCAUUAUGGGAAGCUGGCCUUCAACCUGGACUACUACACAGAGGUUCUGGACCUCUCCUACCUGCUUGACCACCUGGCUUCUGACCCUUUCUUCCGCCACUACCGCCAGCUCAAUGAGAAGCUAGUGCAGCUCAUCGAAGACUAUAGCCUGGUCUCCUUUAUCCCUCUGAACAUCCAGGACAAGGAGAGCAUCCAGCGAGUCCUGCAGGCUGUGGAUAAAGCCAAUGGAUACUGUUUUGGAGCCCAAGAGCAGCGAAGCCUGGAGGCCAUGAUGUCUGCCGCAAUGGGGGCCGACUUCCAUUUUUCUUCCACACUGGGCAUCCAGGAGAAGUACCUGGCACCCUCGAACCAGUCAGUGGAGCAGGAAGCCAUGCAGCUGUAGCAACAAGGUGGACCCUGGAAAGCAGGAUGCAUAACCGAGCACUGGGGAAAGUGGAGGCUCCUGAUGCAGGCUGCAGACCCCAGAGCAAGUCCUCCCAGCCAGAGCUGGCGGGCUGGCAAGGGGAUAUUCAGCUCUGCAAAGGACUUCUGGCCAAAAAGCCAGACGUGGCGCCAAGCAGAACAGCCCCCAUACUGUCAGUGGUGUCCGUGAGCUCUGGGACCUGCCACCGGAAAGUCGAGCACUGGUCCUAGUCAGGCUGUGAUGGAAUGUGCUACAAUACAAGAGUUUGUUUUCUA